UCUCUUCAUACACUUCUUUUCUUUUUCUUUUGUUUUUUUAAUAGAAAACGGAAUUCCAAUUUCACCUUGAAUUAGCAUUUUCAACUUGACGCAGAAACCAUUAAAAAUCACCCAAAAAAGAAACCCGGGAAUGGCCGAAACGACUGCUGCUGUUACUACUACUACAUCUUCUACGCAAUCUCCGAAUCCCAUGAUGAUGGACCCUUCACAACCGUCAUCAUCAGCGAUGCCUACACCUGCACCGCCGCCUCCCACGGCGGUGACUACGACUUCAAGAACGUUAGCGCCUGCACCUUCAACGAAUUCCUCAAUUCUUCCUCAAAACAACAACAAUCCUUCUCCUUCUCCUUCCAUUGACCCUUCUUCACUGCAAAAUCAACAGCAGCAGCAGCAGCAGCAGCAAAUCUCGCAAAUUUUGUCUCCACCUCUUCCCCAACAACAACAUCAACAGCAGCAGCAGCAACAGCAAACACAGCCAAAUGUUGCAGCUUUAUCAAAUUUCCAAAUCCAGCAAUCCCUUCAAAGAUCUCCAUCUAUUUCACGCCUUAACCAACUCCAACAACACCAACAACAGAGCCAGCAGCAGCAGCAACAACAACAUCAGUCUCAAUACAAUAAUGUUUUAAGGCAAGGGUUAUAUGGGCAAAUGAAUUUUGGUGCGUCAACUUCAGUUCAAGCUAACCAGCAACAGAACCAGCAGAAUCAGCAGAUGGGCAAUCCCAAUUUAUCAAGGUCAGCUUUGAUUGGGCAAGGUGGUCAUUUGCUCGGUGGUGCAGCAGCUCAGCUUAGUUUGCAGUCUGCGCUUUUAGCUUCGCCGAGGCAAAAAGCUGGAAUGGUGCAAGGAUCUCAGUUUCAUCCAGGAAAUCCAACUGGGCAAUCUUUGCCAGGGAUGCAGGCAAUGGGGAUGAUGAAUUUGGGCUCACAACUAAGGGCUAAUGGAGCUCUUUAUGCACAACAGCGGAUAAAUCAGGGACAGAUGAGGCAGCAGUUAUCACAACAAACUCAACUGACAUCUCCUCAGGUUCAAAGCUUACCAAGAACAUCUCAAGCCUUCAUCAACUCUCAGUUAUCAGGGCUGGCUCAGAAUGGACAGGCAGGUAUGAUGCAGAACUCUCUCUUGCAGCAACAGUGGUUGAAGCAAAUGCCGUCCAUGUCUGGCCCAGGCUCACCCUCACUCCGCCUUCAGAGGCAAUCACAGGUCCUCUUGCAACAGCAACUGGCAUCUUCUUCUCAGUUGCACCAGAAUCCUAUGUCCUUGAACCCUCAACAUUUGUCUCAGCUCGUACAACAGCAGUCACAAAUGGGGCAUCCUCAAAUGCAGCAGCCACAGCAACACCAGCAACAGCAACAGCAACUACUGCAACAACAGCAGCUACAGCAACAUGCUCAACAACAAUUACAACCACAACAACCACCAUUGCAUCAACCCCAACAGCAGCAGUCUCCUAGGAUGUCUGGACCAGCAGGUCAGAAAACUCUCAGUUUGACAGGAUCACAGCCUGAUGCAACUGCAUCUGGUACAACCACACCGGGGGGAAGUUCGAGCCAAGGAACUGAGGCGACCAAUCAACUUCUUGGAAAGAGAAAGAUACAGGAUCUGGUUUCACAGGUUGAUUCGCAAGGUAAGCUUGAACCAGAAGUUGAAGAUCUACUUUUGGAGAUUGCUGAUGACUUCAUAGAUUCUGUGACUACAUUUGCAUGCAGUUUGGCUAAGCAUAGGAAAUCGUCAACAUUAGAGUCCAGGGAUCUCUUGCUACAUUUAGAGAGAAACUGGAAAUUGCCUGUUCCUGGAUUUUCAAGUGAAGAGCGGAAUCAAACAAGUCCAUUAUCAAGUGACCUCCACAAGAAGCGUCUUGAUAUGGUACGAGCGCUUAUGGAAUCAUCACAGCCUGAAACAAAUGCAAAUAAUCCUAAAGAAAUGAUACGGCAAGGGCUUGGUAACCCAGUCAGUGCAAACCAUUUAUCGAGACCUUCACCAGAUUCUGAGCAGUUGGUUUCACAAGCAGCUGGUUCGCAAAUGCUGCAGCAAAUAACUCGGUAAUAACCGACAGAAUUUGUCAUUCAUAAUGUGGACCCAAUUCAACCUGCCUGUCUAUCUGGAUAUCAUAGGUUAUAAUAUAUAGUUAAAACUGAAGCUUUUAAGCUGUAGUGGAUUGACAAAAAGAAAAGGUUGUAAUUACUUGGUAAGUAUCAGAGACAUGAUGGAAGUACAAAUGAUUUACACCAUUUGAUCAUCUAAUUUAUCAUUUUCUAUUCAUGAUUUCUGUUGGUAACUGGAUUUAGGUUAGUUUUCAUGAUUGUAGUUGAUCCCUCAUUUGGGUUUUAGACAAUAUAUAUAUAUAUAUAGGUUGUCAAAAGCACAUUGAUUCA